UUUGUCCAGGUGGCCUGGAGGCUCCUUGUGGUAACCAUGGUGACUGCUACGAUGGUAUGAGUGGUUCAGGAAGAUGCAAGUGCCAUGAAGGUUUCAUUGGAAAAGCAUGCGAACUGUGUGCCGUCGGCCACUAUGGCCCCAACUGCACAGCCUGCAGCUGUGGGCUGCAGGGACGCUGUGAUACAGGCAUUCAGGGUUCUGGACAAUGCGUCUGUAAGCCCGGCUGGAAGGGUGAACACUGCGAGAUCGAUAUUGGCUCCAUCCCAGAAGAGUGCCUGCAGUGCCCCGCGCAGGCCGACUGUGUGCCAGGUGUUGGUUGUCAGUGUAAACCCGGGUUUCAGGGGAACGGCACCUUCUGCGAUCCAGAGCCACCUCCUGACCUCUGCGCUGAGUACAACGGAGGCUGUCACCAGAACGCCGACUGUAACCAGACCGGGCUGAUUGUUAACUGCACCUGCACCAGCGGUUACCAGGGAGACGGCUACUCAUGUGAGCCCAUCAACAGAUGUAUUGAAGAGAACGGAGGCUGCAGUGACUUUGCCUCCUGCAAGUUCACUGGUCCAAACGAGCGUCAGUGCGAGUGCCUGCCGGGCUACGUGGGUAAUGGAGUCCAGUGUCUGGAGAAGAUGGUGUCCCCUGUUGACCGCUGCCUGGAAGACAAUGGAGACUGCGACCCCGUGGCCACCUGCAAGGACCUGCAUUACCAUGCGAACACAGCCGGAGUGUUCCACCUGCGCUCUCCUGACGGGAAGUACAAGAUGAACUUCAGUCAGGCCGACGCCGCAUGCAGGGCCGAGGGAGCCGUGCUGGCCAGCUUCAAACAGCUGGGAGACGCACAGCAGCUGGGGAUGCAUCUGUGCGUGGCCGGCUGGAUGGAGGGGGGGAAGGUGGGAUACCCGACCCGCUUCCCCUCGGUCAAGUGUGGAGACAACCACGUGGGCCUGGUUAUUUAUAAAGAACCUGUGGACCAGAGCAGCAUGUACGAUGCCUACUGCUUCAGGCUCAAAGAUGUUUCGUGUGUGUGUCCUGCCGAUUACAUUGGAAACGGAGACUUCUGUAAUGGCGUCCUGACCAGCGUCCUUGCAUCCUACAGCAACUUCUCUAUCUUUUACAAGUUGUUGUUGGACUAUAGCGGCUCGUCUACGGAGGGCAAACAGCUCGUUGACUUUAUGUCUCACAGGAAGUCUGAGGUCACGCUUUUUGUUCCUCAUAAUGCCGGCUUUGCCCCAAACCAGACUCUGUCUGGUAGAGAUCUUGAGUAUCACAUCUCAGCCAAUCACAGCAGACGACCAUUUAAGGAUCUGAAGCACCAAGAAGUCAUUGUAUCCAGACUUGGGUUCAAUCUGAAUGUUACCUAUGGAAAAAAUGAGAGCUUUAAGCUGGUGAACAAGCGGCUGCUGGUGGGGUGGGACAUUCCUGCUGUAAAUGGGAUCAUCCACAUCAUCGAGUCCCCACUGACAGCGCCCCCUGCACCUGUAAGUUAUAAUGGUUUAUCCCAAAGCUGUCAUCAUGCAGCAAGGUUUUUUAUUGGCGUACAUUCACCAAAGUAAAGCAUAGAUAUGAGU